CAGGAAACAUUCUCUUUGUGCCAGCCCAAUCCCUCCAUUUGUCCCUAGCCUGACGCUGGAAAAUCUUCAGGGCAUGAGAGAUAUCACUGGGCCUAAACCCCCCCCCCCCCCCCAAAAAGCAUCUCUGUUCUCUAUAGGGAGUUUCAGGUCCUGCAGCGGUGGUGGCAAAGCAGGAUCACAGGAAGCAGGAGGGACACAACAGAGUGGGUGACAGCCCCCUCUCUUUCUCUCCCCAGACAGCCUUGCUUAUCGCUUGCUCGCUGCAGUCUUUCUACCCAAGGAGGGGCCGGUCCUGCUAUAAUGAGUGCUAAAACAUCUCAAGUGUUUUGAGGGUUGUGGCGGAAGCUUAUACCACCGUGGCUACUUGGGAGCCAUGGGGAAGUCUAACAGCAAACUCAAGCCUGAGGUUGUGGAGGAACUGACCAGGAAGACCUACUUCACUGAAAAAGAGGUACAACAAUGGUAUAAAGGCUUCAUCAAAGACUGCCCCAGUGGUCAGCUAGACUCAGCUGGCUUCCAAAAGAUUUAUAAACAAUUCUUCCCCUUUGGUGACCCAACCAAGUUUGCCACCUUUGUCUUCAAUGUCUUUGAUGAGAAUAAGGAUGGGCGUAUUGAAUUCUCAGAAUUCAUUCAGGCACUGUCAGUUACUUCCAGGGGCACACUGGAUGAAAAACUACGAUGGGCCUUCAAGCUUUACGAUCUGGACAAUGAUGGCUACAUAACGCGAGACGAGAUGCUGAACAUUGUAGAUGCAAUCUACCAAAUGGUGGGAAACACAGUGGAGUUGCCAGAGGAGGAAAACACACCUGAGAAAAGAGUGGACCGUAUCUUUGCAUUAAUGGACAAGAAUGCAGAUGGUAUGCUGACUCUGCAGGAAUUCCAGGAAGGCUCCAAAGCAGACCCCUCCAUUGUCCAAGCACUAUCGCUGUAUGACGGGCUUGUGUAGCAUAACAUGCCCUUGGUUCUCCACACUUGUGGACUGUUAAAUAUGCUCCUUGUCAUCUGAAAGGGACAGAUCUGUUGUCUGUUCUGCCCUCUUUCUGCCCAUCUUGCCCUUCUCAGCUACUUAGAGAGCAUAUGAACAUGGACUCAGUAUAACUGAAGUAGUGUGGAUCUUGGUCGAUAAUCAUUCAAGACCACGGCUUCUAUAUAAACAUCAUGGGGGGAAUAUCCAGUGACAUUAAUAUUCCUGCUUGAGAAUUGUUUUAAUUUACAAGGAAGAAAGCAGGGAUCCAAACUGAAUGUCACUGGAGAGUUGACAAAAACGCAGCUUAUGAACUAUGUUUUUCUAUCUAUUUAUUUUGUUAAUGAGUGUCAGUAUGCCAAUACAAGGAGCAGGCAACUGAAGCACAUUGCUGCUGAGUACAAAAUGAUGCACCCACUGUCAUUGGAUGCUUAGGAAAUACACACUUAUUUGAUGUGAUUAUGGCGUUUAAUGUUUUAUAAAGUAAUGCCUUUAAUGUUUUUUUUGCACAAAGUACAAUUUCGUUGAUUUUAAAACCAAUGAAGACAUUUGAAUGGCUGCUGCUGUAACUUUUUGUACAGGUAUUCUGUAUGUUAAAGGCAGGGUAGGUACGUUUUGCCAAACCAGCUAUUUUGGUUUGAGUUUGAAAGUAUCCAACCCAAAAUAUUCCACCCUCUCUCUUCAAAGCCACUCCCCUAAAACACAAACACGCUGCCUGACUUCUGCAUUGAUACACAGGCAGAGAGCAUGCAGGUAGAUAGGUUCAAAGGUAAGUAGCCUGUUCAGUCCAAUCAUUGCAUUUGUUCCAAAGCAAUGAUUCUUAGUUUAUUACAGUCCUGCGACAGCCACUGUUAGCAGAUUUAUUUUAUUUUACAGUCAGAGCAUUUGAUGUAUUGAUUGCUAUCAGGAUGUCAAGUUUAUUUCAGCAAAUGACACAAAGUGCUUCUCAAAAACAUUACCUACCUUGCCUUAAAGAAGUAGUUGAUUUAUUUAUUGUAAUGUACAAAAGUCAUGUUGACAAUCUAAGCAAAUCUUCAAGGAUAGCACUGGUAUUAUACUACUGUUCUGCAAACACACUACAAUCUGCGCUGAUAUUGCACACUGUAUAACACCCUAUGCUCCAGACUGAUUUAUCAUGAAGAGAGAAAAAAAAAUCUGUUGUCAGUUUCACUGUGUCAGUUCCUGUAAGUGUGUGAAUUUGGGAUGAUGGAUAAAAAAAAUUAGGUUAAGGGUUACCGGUGUCUUACUAAGGCAUAUCAUUUUCACAGUGUGAGGUGGGGUAAGACCCAAAUGCACGAGAGUACGCAGCCAUUUCGAAAACAAAGGGUUUAUUACCGGAAAAAGACAGGAACACAGAAAGGGUACUCACAUGACACAGGUCAUAAGGACAAGACAAAGACUGGACACAAAACAGGAACCUAAAUACAGAACCAAAUGGCACACAGGUGGACACAAUGACGCUAAUGAGAACGAGACACAGGUGAAGACAAUGACAGGGAAACACUAGGGCAGGGCAAAAUCAAAAACAACAGGGGGACACGGCUGUGGCCGUGACACUCAUGGCUUAGUUUCUCCUAUUGUAUUAAAUGGCGUAUAGCCACACACAGAGAAUCUAAGGGGUGUAUUUUUCUUGUUUUUAGAUGUGUUAUAACAUUUGACUGAUUUUAUCAACAUCAUUAUUUGCACCUUCCAUAGAAUGUCUGUAAUUAUCUCAGAAGGCACCUGGGGUGGCCCAGCAUCUGGCAUGCCCUAUGUCUGAAGGGAUCAUUGUAACCUGUUAUAUUGGUUGACUGAAAUGUAUCAAAUGUAUUUAGUCACCAUGGUUUAUUAUUUUAUUGAUUGUUUUAAUAAACAAAAGUGGACUGGA